GUUUUUUUUUUGGCCAACAUGGAAUUGUUGUUAUUCUUCUUGGAAAUCUGCUUCUAUUCAAGUAUCUUGGUUAUUACGAAUGGCGUGGUAACAUGCAUUUAUCGCCUGACUUUUCAUCCUCUAGCAAAAUAUCCUGGACCGAGGUUGGCCGCCGUGUCUGAGCUGUGGUAUAUCCGGAAAUGGACUUCUGGUCGCUGGCCGUUCGUCAUUGAGGAGGUACACCGUAAAUAUGGGGAUGUGGUUAGGAUAGCACCAAAUGAGCUAUCGUUCGCCACUGUACAAGCAUAUCGGGACAUAUAUGGACAUGCAGUCAAAGGAAAACAGCUUUUCCGGAAAACUGACUGGUACCAUACGGCUGGCGAUCACCCGGGUAUUGUCUCUGUUACUGAACCUACCCAGCAUUCGAGACAAAGAAGGUACCUGGCACAUGCUUUCAGCUCACAAUCCUUGCGCAAUCAGGAAGCCUUCAUCCAUCACUAUGUUGACCUUUUCAUUCGGCAGAUUGGUCGCAUUGGAGGCAGUGCAAGUCAAGGCAUCAAUCUCGAGGAAGCUUUCAACUGGUUGACAUUCGAUAUAAUUGGUGAUCUAGCAUUCGGGGAGUCAUUCGAUGCCGUUGCCAAAGGUCAAACUAAUUUUUGGGUUUCUUUGAUCAUCGACGCCACUUGGUUCAUGAUGCUGGGCAACCUCCGCUACCGUCUUCCCAUUAUCACCGUAUUCCUGCCCUUUGUCGCCCCGAAAGGCGCGGCAAAGAAUUUCCAUCAGCAUAUGUUGUUGACGCAAGAGAAGCUGUCGAGACGCCUCAAGAUGGAAAGCUCUCAGAGCCGUGCCGAUUUCUUCUCUCAUCUGCUUCGCAAGGAUGGCAGCGAUGUUCCAGAACCAGAGCUACGACAGCAGGCUAUGACACUGAUCGUUGCAGGGUCCGAGACUACGGCAACAUGUCUCACUGGUCUCGCAUAUUUCUUACUCAAAAACAACGAAAGCCUUGCUCGACUUACUCAGGAAAUUCGCUCGCAAUUCCAGUCUUGCGAUCAGAUUACGGGUGACUCUACUGCAAAUCUCACGUAUUUGCAAGCUGUUAUCGAAGAGGGACUGCGGAUUUUCCCCCCUGCUCCCUUUGGAUUGCCACGAACGUGCCCCGGUGCCGUCAUCGACGGCCAUCAUGUGCCGUCCGGCACGACGGUCAGUGUUGAUCAUUGGACCACAAAACACGACUCACGUUACUGGGAUGAACCGAUGGAGUUUAAGCCCGAGAGAUGGAUCGACAGGACUUCUCAAGACGUGAGAGAAGCCAGUCAACCAUUCUCUCUGGGACCUCGAAGUUGUCUGGGCAUCAAUCUAGCCUACCUUGAGAUGAGGAUAAUCUUAGCCAAGAUGGUGUUUGAGUUCGACUGGGAACUUGUGAACAAGGAUCUUGACUUUUUAAAGGAGACCAGACUUUACUUGCUAUGGAAGAAGCCAGCUGUAGUGGUCAGGUUCCACGAGCGAGAGUGCUAGGGGCCGAUGGAUGCAGAGAACAGAUUGACUUUGGUAGCAUUCGAUGCAUGUAGAAAGAUCUCUUGACCCGCUAGCUAGAGGCCGACUUCACUAAUCGUUAGAGAGUGCCUUGCUUCACCUCUCUGUUUUGCUUGGCGACAAGACUUACAAACGCGACAUCUGUUUUUCGCCGGUGUAUCGUAAAGAAACAGGCC